AUGAAACGAAGAAGCGAUAAAUUAUUAGACCUAGUUUUAAAGGAAGACGAUACAAUCCCUUACGGUAACAAGAGCAGAAUGACACCGAGACGACGUUACACAAUUCACGAAAUACCGUCUCCACAAGCAUUUGAAACCGUGACAACAGAACAUAUAGUAACUACACCGUCUAAAAAAUCAAAGCGUGCCAAAUCGCUUUUCCUUGCCUCACAAUAUAGUGAUUCUGAAAAAAUAUCUAAGCCUCUUGUCGGUUCAUUAGAUGAAUGCUGUACAUUGAUUAAUCGUCAGGAAAACAAAUCUAUAUGUAGAGAUAGGGACUUAGAUAUGCUAAUAGAACCUCAACCUUCCUCGAGUAAACAUUCACCUUUUUUAUAUUCACCCCCAGACAAUGAAAACCUUUCCUUUUUAAGAAGCGGCGUUAAAACAAGAGGGGGAAUGCGCCGAAAUACAGGUAUUAAAAUACUUAAAUGUCAAAAAGUAGACUUACACGAUGGUCAAGUAACAUUGAUUAAUUUAGAAGAAAAUAGUGAAGGUAAUGAUGACCUAAAGAAUGAAAAAAAUAUUCAUACAGAUCUAGAUAAAUCAGUGCCAAAUUUAGAUAUUAUGGAUGAAAUGAGAAAUAUAUUUGAAGGGGAAGAUAAAGAAGAAAAACCGAAAGCAAAACUAUCCUCUACAAAACUAUUGACUGAAGAAGAACUUAUUAAGAUGCUGGAAUUAGAAGAUGACUAUACAGAAGAGGAAAGUGAUCAGGAAAAUCUAUCAGAUGAUUGCUUAUAUUCUGACGCGAGUGAAGACGCGACGCAAAUAAGUGAAGAUAGGACACAAUUGAGCGAAGAUAAUAAUAUAAAUUUUAAUGAAACAUUACAAUUAACUGAUGAUGAAUGGAAAAGUGAACGUGAUCCUACUAUUGUACCUAUAGAUUUUGAUGGAUACGAAAAAAAACUCAAAAUAUUGCCUGAAACAUAUGAACCAUACGGCUAUUUCAAAUUGAUUGCGACUGAUGAGUUUUUUACAAUGUUAGUCACAAAGAUUAACAAUUACGCGUUUAAGUUAUUGUCGAAUAUAUUAGAUCCUAACAGCAGACUGAGACUAUGGAAAGAUGUAACUGUUCCAGAAAUUAAAACAUUUUUAUUGGUAUUUUGUUUCACAUGGGAACUAUCAAACUAA